AUGGGCGGCGGCGCGGAUCCAUUCAUGCCGCCGCAGCCGGCCACGUCGGCGUACGCCGUGCCGCACGGCCAGCCGCAGGCACAGCCCGCCCCGCGCCCGCCAGGCUGCCCCUACUCCUCCUCCGCCUCGUCCCCGCCGGUCUCCACCUCCUACCACUCCCUGCCCCCAGCGACAUCCCCUCCGCCGGUAAGCAGCCCGCCUCCAGCCUCCCCGCCGCCCUCGCCAUCGCCCUCGCCCUCGCCUCCCCCGCCCGAGCCGACAUUGCCACCGCCACCGGCAUUGUCGCCCCCACCACCAGACGCUCCGCCUCCAACCAUCCCACCACCACCCUACCCCGAGCCGCAGGCACCGCCGCCGCCGACGGCGACCGACCAGCCGCGCGUGCAGCCCCGCGUGUACCCUUCGCCGCCGCCCCCAUCCCUCCCCCCGCCCCCGCCCGUAGCCGUCUCGCCACCUGCCCCGCCUCCAUCCCACCCACCAUCGCCCUCGCCCGCUCCAUCCCCAACACCCGCACCCGCGCCGGUCGCGGCCUACUCCCCUCCCCCGCCGCCGCGAGUCGCCCCUCCCCCACCACCGCCCCACCACCCCAGGCCACAUUACGUCACCUCGCGCUCGCCCGUGAGGCCGCAUUCAAACUCCACCCGCUCGCCUCCUGGCAACAACAUCGAGAUAUCCAGGGGCACGGCCACCACCAUUGUGGCGGUUGCCAGCCUCGCCAUGCUCAGCUUCAUCGGCGCCACCAUCUGGCUCGUCAAGAAGAAGCGCCGCCGGGCUGAGCCUCCUGCAGCGGGACUGCCGACGCAGCAACCACCUCCCCCGCCGCCACCCAAUUACAUUCCCUCCUCUGCUGCAUCCUCGCUAGCAUCAGACGGAUUCUACUUGCGAUCACCGGGGUAUCCAUUCAUGAGGUCCAGCACCGGGAGCCAUGGCUUCCCGUACUCGCCGGCCGACUCCGGGAUAGGCUACUCCAGGAUGCUGUUCACACCGGAGAAUUUGUCAGCAAUCUCAAAUGACUACGCGGAGGAGAACCUUUUGGGAGAAGGUGGAUUUGGGUGUGUCUACAAGGGCAUCUUGCCGGAUGGUCGCCCUGUGGCUAUCAAGAAGCUUAAGAUUGGGAAUGGGCAGGGAGAGCGAGAGUUCAGGGCCGAAGUUGAUACUAUCAGCAGAGUACAUCAUAGACAUUUGGUUUCACUGGUAGGCUACUGCGUAUCAGAGGGCCAGAGGAUGCUUGUUUAUGACUUUGUUCCCAAUAACACCCUUUAUUAUCAUCUCCAUGUAAAUGAAGUACCACUUGAUUGGCGUACCAGGGUUAAGAUUGCGGCGGGAGCAGCUCGUGGAAUUGCUUACCUGCACGAAGAUUGUCAUCCUCGGAUUAUACAUAGAGAUAUUAAAUCAUCUAAUAUUUUGUUGGAUAACAACUUCGAAGCUCAGGUUUCUGAUUUUGGGCUUGCAAGGCUAGCGGGUGACACCAAUACACAUGUCAGUACGCGUGUUAUGGGAACAUUUGGGUAUUUGGCUCCGGAGUAUGCAUUGUCAGGCAAGUUGACAGCAAAAUCUGAUUUAUAUUCUUUUGGAGUGGUUCUUCUGGAACUUAUUACUGGAAGAAAACCUGUUGACUCUUCUCAGCCGCUGGGAGAUGAGAGUCUUGUCGAAUGGGCUCGGCCCUUUCUCACGGAUGCAAUUGAACAUCGAGAAUUUGGUGACCUUCCUGAUCCAAGGAUGGAAAACAAGUUUGAAGAAAAUGAGAUGUUUCACAUGAUAGGAGCUGCAGCUGCAUGCAUUCGGCAUUCCGCAGUGAUGAGACCUCGAAUGGGGCAGGUGGUAAGAGCAUUGGAUAGUUUAGCCGACUCUAACCUAAACAAUGGCCUUCAACCUGGCCGGAGCGAGGUAUUCUUAGAACCACGAACGGAAGAGAUUAGAUUGUUCCAGCUGAGAGAAUUUGGCAGCCGGGAUUGUAGUGACGACUUGAGCCAAGCUAGCUGGAGAAGUCGGAGAGAUCUGUAAAGAGCGUCGGUACACGAUCAUUAACAAUUUUUUUGGUCAUUCUUUACAUGUAAUUAUCUCUUUUACAUGAUUUUUUUCUCCCUGACGCAA